AUGCAUACUCAUACCGUAACAAGAUUUUGGGAUUGGAGAAUUAGUGGUGAUUUAAAACCAGUUAAAAAUCAAGGGAAAGGAGACUAUUGUUUUGCUUUUGCAUCAUGUGCGGCAGUCGAAUUUCUAUAUCACCGCCACCCAGAUUUUGGACAAAGAGUGUUGCUUUUCCCUCAAGAUAUUUGGAACAAUUUAGUUUAUCUGAAUCGAGUAAUGGCAGACUCUCCAUCCUUGGAAAUACUUCAACAAUCUGUACCUUUAAAUGAGCGCCAGGUUAAGAUGAGAAUUGAGACAAUUAUACCGGUCCUAAGGAAGAAUAUGGAGCAUGAUGUAUAUCAUUAUGGACCUGUAAUCGUGGAUGUCAAUUGGAAUGAUGAAAUGAAUAACAUAUCAGGGGAUGUGAUAUAUCGUGGACCUCGUCUUGCAUCCGCCUUUGACCCAGAACUAAUUAGUUCCAAAAUGCAUACUCAUACCGUAACAAGAUUCUGGGAUUGGAGAAUUAACGGUGAUUUAAAACCAACUCUUGUUUUGCUUUUGCAUCAUGUGCGGCAUUCGAAUAUCUAUAUCACCGCCACCCAUAUUUUGGACAAAGAGUGUUGCUUUCCCACCAAGAUAUUUGGAACACUUGAGUUUAUCUGA